ACUGUUCAAGGCUUGCAUUAAUUUAUAAAAGUCGAGUUGAAAUUAAGUUUACAAAACAGUAAUUCACAUAAAAAAAUGACAACUGCGAUCGACCCAGAACUGCGCACCAAAAAUCGAUACCGCUUGCCGGAUGGAGGAGGAAUUCACCAAACUGUACAACGAAAAAGUAGCCAAGAAGUGGCAUCAGAUGACCCGGCUCUACAUGGACAACGGUUUGCUGGUGUGGAACGGAAAUGGUGCCAACGGGAAGGUCAACAUCCAGAAGUACUUCCAGGAACUGCCCCGCUUCGAACACAUUAUGAACACCCUGGUCGCUCAGCCGAUCAUUGGCGACGCUGUGCCCUCGCAGCUGACGUUCGUCAUCAAGGUUUGAGGAACGGUCAUCUUCCAGGACAAUUCUACCAAACAUUUCCAGAAGACAUUCACGGUUACAGCCCAGGGCGACAAGUGGAAGAUUGCGAGUGAUUGCAGCGCUGCUUCCGGUUGCUAGAUGCUAUCUUUUAAGGGAAUCGAUCAAUACAUGGAUGCAUUGGAAGGCGA